AUGCUCAAUUUUAGCAUCUCGAGGUCCUCAGCCGCAGUGCUCUCCCCGCGGCUGGGAAGACUGACGAUCGCAGGCCGAAAGCCCAUCUUGACGCCCCACUACAUCCCUCUGACAUCGCGAGGGGUUGUCCCUCAUCUAGCACAUGAUGUGAUGCGCGAUAAUACCUCUAUUGGUAGUCUGUAUAUUGGCCUAGAAGAUUUCCCAACCGCACCUCAUGAAUCGGCUUUGCGCAAGUUCAUUUGUGCCGCCGAUGACCUGCUCCUGGUUUUCGGCGCACGCCGCGAACCUCCAAUUGCUUCUGGACCGGCAAAUACAGACACGUCAAUUGCUGUACUUACAUCGGUGGGCUAUGCGCAGCUAGAGGCGAACGAGUACGUCGGAGCUAUUCAGCGCCUCAGCCCAGACAUCGUGGUCGGGCUGGCAGAUCUGCUAGUAGGCCAGAAGCCAGGUACAAAACGGCGAGUGAAGAUGGUCGACCGGACGCACGCUUUUACCACCCAUGCGACGGAUAACCUCUACGGGCCCCAGCUCUCUGAACACAGUCGGUCGACAGCGGCGUAUUUUGCCCCGAUAUUGCCGCUGGAGAACACCCAGCAGCAGCUUUACCUUGAAGAUCUGGAAACGGACUUGCGGCCAUCCAUUUCUGGCCUGGCGCUCUACGAACCCACGUCGCUCUCUAUCGUCCCCGAGUCGCUGGGUGACCUCCCGCGCCUUCUUUUCAGCGGGCCAAGAACUCCGCAUGAUCUCCUACGCGAAGUUGAGCUCGGUGCAGACCUCCUCACGAUCCCGUUUCUGGCCGAUUCGUCGGAUGCAGGGAUGGCUUUCACCUUCUCCUUUCCGGCUCCAUCAGAUACCGCAUCAGCAUCAAAUCCAUCCACCGAACCCCUUCCUCUCGCUGAUGAUCUUUGGUCGCGAUCAAAUACUACAAAUACUGGCCCACUAAGUGAAUCAUGCGCUUGCUAUGCUUGUCAAAGCCAUCAUCGCGCCUACAUUCACCACCUCCUCUCCGCUAAGGAAAUGCUCGCAUGGACCCUUCUCCAAAUUCACAACUAUUAUACUAUGGACCUCUUCUUCGCUAACGUCCGUAAGAGCAUUGAGCGCGGUACAUUCGAGGCAGAUGUCCGCACAUUCCAGCAAACAUACGUGGCUGAGUUUCCUGAGAUCACGGGUCAAGGGCCGAGACUCCGUGGCUACAAAAUCCCCACCUCAGGCCCCGCUCAACCGCGCCGUAAUCCACCAGCUUAUGGAAGACUAAACGUCGCCGCGGAGAAGUUUGUAGAGUCCCAGUCUGAUCUUGCAACCCCUGAUACGGGGGCUGAGGGGUUAGAAGAGCACGGGUUCGCGGAGAAAGCAUAG